GUUCAGAACCCGCAUCUUUUGCACACAUUCGAAGCUUCAAUGCGAAGCGACAACCCCACCGCCGCCGAACCCCUCGCAAAACCACGGAGUUAGCGAACCAACUCCCCACCUCUCCAACCGUCACAGGGGAAUAAAACCACACCCACAAAAAAAGAACCGUCGCAAUGGCGACCCGACUACCCUAUGCGCUCCCCCGGCGUCCAACCGUCACCACCACUCUCACCACCACCUCCUCCUUCCCCUUCCCAGACCUCCAAACAACCAACACCUCGCACACGCCCCUCUCGCACACGCCCUCGCGCCACGCGACGCUGAUCAAGCGCCCGCGGCGGCCGUACACCUUCACGCAGCUGGUGCAGCAGACGGACGGGUCGACGUACACGAUGCGCACGACGUCGCCGCUCGGCAUGUACAAGAGCACCAAGGACACCUUCAACCACGUGCUGUGGCAGCCCUCCAACAGCUCGCUGCGCAACGUCGAGGUCGACGAGGCCGGGCGGCUGGCCGCGUUCCGAGGCCGUUUCGGACGAGGCUGGGAUAUUGAGAAGCCUGUUGAGGCGGGGUCUGCUGAGGAGGGGGAGGCUGCGGCUGCGGCUACUGCUGAUAAGGCUGAGGGUGCAAAGGCAAAGGCGGCAGCGCCAGCAGCGGGAGCACCGGCAGCCGACGCUGCAGACAAGACUGGCGCCAAGGAGAAGGCAAAGGAGGAAGAGAGCAAGCCUGCUGCUCCUCAAUCCGACUUUGGACAGGGCCUGAGCGAUUUAAUCUACAGCUAUUCGGCUCAGCAGGAGCCCAUCAAGACAAAGAAGGCAGCACCUGCUCCUAAGCCAGGGAAAAAGAAGUAAAAAGGCUUUAGGGCUAGCUUUCAAAGUUGUCGACAGUAUUAGGGAUGGAGAUAAAUGAUAAAAAGCGUCGAGAUCUAUGAGUCUACGAUCUAAAAGCCGGACUUGCUCCUCUUGAGGGUUACCAUACCACUCACCACAACAGCAAGGCAAAAUUUGCAAUGCUAUACUGGACCUCCUGUAAAUAGAUAAAUACUAGGUUGGGACCAUGGUACUAAAAAUACGAAUCGAGGAGGAGGAGGAAGA